AUGGCGAACGAAGAUAGGGAACUCCAGAAUGCAAUUGAAGAUCAUCAAAGUGAACCAUCAAACCAAGAUAAAAACAACUCUGCUAGCAAUGGUGCUGUUAUAGAAGAGUGUCCACUAUAUGAAACGAGUGCAAGUCAUCAGUCAGCUCCUGUUGAUUUUGACGAUGGUAAACAUUUGCUGUAUCCAGAUAUAGCUACCAGCCUACCUUUAAAAACUUCGGACAGACUUUUGGACGAUAUACUUUGCGACACUAUUUUUCUUAAUUCUACAGACCCAAGUGUAAUAGAAAAGGGCCUACAAACUACCGGUAUUUUGAGGGAGUCUAUGCUUUCCUAUUCAAGUUUUAGAAGCAGUAUUCGUCCCAAUGCCCUGGGGUCAGUAACUGAUCAAGUGGUUAUUCAAACGAAGAUUGAAUAUGAUUCAUAUUCCUGCCCCAAAUACAACAAAAUACACGUUUUUCAGGCGGUUAUUCUGAACCCAUCAUUAACAGAGCAGCACGUCUCAAGUUUUGAUGAUAUCGUUAAAAUUCCUAUUUAUCAUCUAAAAGUUACCGUGAAAAUUCGUCAAGAAUUAGAACGAUUGAAAAAGCACGUAGGUGUCACUCAAUUUCAUUCAAUAGAUUUUUUGCAUGAAUACGAUCGAGUAGACUUUUCAACGUUUGAUUCUUCCGACCCCAAUUUAAUGGACUACGGUAUAUAUGUUUCCGAUGAUACCAACAAAUUGAUUUUGAUUGAAAUUUUCAAACCCGAGUUUGAUUCACCUGAAGAGCAUGAGAGCUUUACUAUUAACGCCAUUAAGAGACGAUACAGUGAUAUGUGUCUAAAUAAUGAAUCGCUGGAUAAGAACAACACACCGUCCCAAGCCGACUGUUUUUACACACUUUUUAAGAUUUUUAAAGGGCCAUUGACGAGGAAAAGCAAGACAGAGCCCGUAAAGACAAUUGAUUCUGGGAAUUUAGCUCUAAACACGCACUUAAACCCUGAAUGGUUAACGUCUAAGUAUGGAUUUCAAGUAAGCUCCGAAAUCGAUGAAGAAACGAACGAACGAUUUACUGAAUACUUACCUCCCGAUAUGGUUGAUUAUGUGGACGAUUUAAAGGUAAGAAAAAUUCGAGAGUCCUUUGUGAGGAAGUGUCUACAAUUAUUAUUCUGGGGCCAGCUAUCCACUUCAUUGUUGGCGCCAAAUUCCCCUUUGAAAAACACAAAGAGUGUCAAAGGGUUGUCCUGUUUGCAGACCUCUUUUUCAUCUUUACCUUGGUUUCAUUUAUUGGGAGAAUCAAGGUCAAGAAUUUUGUUAAAUUCUAAUGAAUCUCAUUCGCCUUUGGACGCGGAACCACAUUUUGUCAAUCUUUCCGUUUCGCAUUAUUAUACCGAUAGAGAUAUAAUCAGAAAUUAUGAAUCUCUAUCUUCUUUAGAUCCUAAAAAUAUUGGUCUGUAUUUUGAUGCACUUACAUAUAUUGCAAAUAGAAAAGGGGCAUACCAGUUAAUUGCUUACUGUGGGAAACAGGAUAUCAUAGGUCAAGAAGCUUUAGAAAACGCUUUAUUGGUUUUCAAAAUUGAACCAAAAGAAUGCAAUAUUGCAGAGUUGAAUGAAGCGACAUUGUUAUCUAUUUACAAGUUUGAAACAUCUAACAAAAGUCAAGUAACCUCUGGUCACUUGACAAAUUUGAAAAAUGCCCUCAGAUUGUUGGCCAAAUACACAAAAUCUGAUAAACUGAAGUUUUAUGUCGAUCAUGAGCCAUAUAGAGCUUUGUCUCAGGCAUACGAUACACUUUCGAUUGAUGAGUCAGUUGAUGAAGACAUUAUAAAAACUGCGUAUUCGGUCAAAAUCAACGACUCACCGGGAUUAAAGUUGGAUUGUGAUCGUGCACUUUAUACCAUCGCUAUUAGUAAGAAAAGUCUUGACUUGUUCAAUUUUUUAACAGACGAAUGUCCACAGUUUUUAACUUACUAUGGUGCAGAACAGCUUGAUUAUCAAGAGGCACUGAAGCUUCUUCAAGUUAAUGAAAAUGCUUCUGACGAAACCAUUUUGAAAAUAUUUAAACAAAAGUGGUUUGAUGAAAGUGUGUACGAGCCCGACCAAUUUCUCACUUUAAAGGCAGCGUUGACUAAGAUUAGUAUAGAAAGAAAUUCAAACUUAAUCAGCAAUUUCCUACUAACAGGCACGAUAGAUCCAAAUUCUUUACCGCCAGAAAAUUGGCCAACGGGUAUCAAUAACAUUGGAAACACCUGUUAUUUAAAUUCUUUGCUACAGUAUUACUUCUCCAUUGCACCAUUAAGAAGAUAUAUACUAGAUUAUCAAAAAACAGUAGAAAAUUUUAACGACCACCUCUCUAACAGUGGGCAUGUCCGAAGAAUUGGUGGAAGAAAAAUUAGUAAAGGUGAAGUGGAAAGAUCUGUUCAAUUCAUAUAUCAACUUCGCAAUCUUUUCUAUGCAAUGGUACAUUCAAGAGAAAGAUGUGUGACACCCUCGAAAGAGCUAGCGUAUUUGGCUUUUGCCCCAAGUAAUAUCGAAGUAGAGUUUGAAGUGGAAGGCAAUAAACCAGCUGAUGGUGCUGCAAUUCCUAUAGGUUUGAAAGAGGAAGCAACACAAGAGUCCUGUACUACAAAAGAAAAUGAUCCUAAAUCAAUUGGUUCAAAAAUGGAAGAUAACACUAACAGGGAUACUCAUAGAAACCCUAGCAAUACCGAAAAAAAUGAACCUAAUAAUGUUCAAAUUGUUGGGGGCGACGAUACCACUGACCUAAAUUCACUUACACGUGUGGCAAAAAUCAGCUCAGACCAAUUAGAAAAUGCUCUAGAAAUGGGUAGACAACAAGAUGUCACUGAAUGUAUAGGAAAUGUGUUAUUUCAAAUAGAAAGUGGUUCAGAGCCCAUAAAAUACGAUGAAGAUAAUGAACAAUACGAUUUAGUUAAGCAGUUGUUUUAUGGUACCACCAAACAAAGCAUCGUUCCUUUGUCUGCAACAAAUAAAGUUCGUACAAAAGUUGAAAGAUUUCUCUCGUUACUGAUAAAUAUUGGCGAUCAUCCCAAAGAUAUUUAUGAUGCAUUUGAUUCUUAUUUUAAAGAUGAAUAUUUGACAAUGGAAGAGUAUGGUGAUGUAACACGCACUGUUGCCGUUACAACAUUUCCUACCAUUCUACAAGUGCAAAUUCAGAGAGUUUACUACGAUCGUGAAAGGUUCAUGCCAUUUAAGUCCAUUGAACCCUUGCCGUUCAAAGAAGUUAUUUAUAUGGACAGGUAUGCCGAUACGGAGAACCCUUUAUUGUUAGCCAAAAAAAAUGAAACAGAAGAAAUGAAACAAAAGUUGAGAGUGAUGAAAAAUAGACAAAGAGAACUAUUGAGCCGCGAUAACUCAGGACUCACGAGGAAAGAUGCAUUUUUAGAAAGUAUCAAACUGUUGGAAUCGAGUGUCGUAGAGAAGACAACUUUGAAGACCGAGGUUAAAAUUGAUGUGAUAAAUACGCUCAGAACCAAUGUAAAUAACAUUGAUAAUGAAUUGAUGAGCUUAUACAACAAUAUUAAUAAUUUGGAAGAGAAAAUAAGCCAUCAAUUUGACGAUUUUAAAGAAUAUGGAUACUCACUAUUUUCGGUUUUUAUUCAUCGGGGUGAGGCCAGUUAUGGUCACUAUUGGAUAUAUAUAAAAGAUAGAAACCACAAUGGGGUUUGGAGAAAAUACAAUGAUGAAACCGUCAGUGAGGUCCAGGAGGACGAGGUCUUCAAUUUUAAUGAGGGCAAUACUGCAACUCCAUAUUUCCUAGUAUAUGUAAAACAAGGGCAGGAAGCUGAUAUCGAGCCCUUGAAAAGAAUUUUGCAGUAG